AUGUCUGAGCCCAGCCUUACCUCUGCGAACACCGUCGCUCCAGCGGCAACCGGGAACUUGGUCGAUCUUCACUAUGUUGUGUUUGGUGUUGGCUAUGGCGUUUCCACUCUCCUUCUUCUUUUGCGGCUUUACAUCAGGCACCGUUAUAGUGGUCUCAGGCUAGAUGACAUGUUGGUGGUAUUUUCCUGGGUGUUUUCGUCCGCCAUGCAAAUUCUGAUGAUUGGCACGUACCUCCAAGACCCGGGGAUGGAAAACGCUAACGAAGUUGGCGUAGUCGCGAUAUCCAUGGGUACAAUGUGCUUCCCGCGAGUAUCCAUUCCAGACGAUCGAUUCCGGAUAUACGUCGAGGUGCGUCUCAGGGCCUAUUCUAACGAGAUAGCUGUGAUUGACAAGCCGUUGCAGCUCAGUUACAAUGCGGCGCCGGCUUUCAUGAUGUCCAUCGGCUGUGCGAAGGCGUCUAUACUCUGCCUUUAUAUACAACUAUUCCCCGACCGAAAUUUCAAUAUCAUCGCCAAGGUCACACAGGGUGUUGUGAUAAUGAUCACGGUUGCCAUCACCCUGCUGCUAUACCUCUCGCGCCUACCGAGUCUGUCACUUGAUGCCGUGGCGCUCUUCUUGGCAACGGCCGCCUCGAACAUCAUCAUGGACGUUGUGUUGCUAAUCCUCCCAAUGCGCCUUGUGUUCAACCUCCAUAUGGCACUCAAUGCCAAGCUUCUUGUCGCAGGACUAUUCGGUCUGGGCUUACUCACCACUGUCACCUCCAUCCUCCGGCUGUAUCUUCUCAUCCAGAUUCAGGGCAGCGAAGACCUAACGUGGGACGCCGCGCCGGCCAAUAUCACUUCGUACGUUUCGCGGAAGUACAACCUGCAAUACU